AUGAAAGCAAUCUCCGUUUCUACCUUCGCUAUUGCGGCCGUUGCGAUGAUGACUGUCGUACCGGUAACAGCGCUCCCUACAGCGAUCUCGUUGGCGACAAAUGCAUCUCCCACACUUCCUGUUGUCGAUGGUACCAUGUCCUUCGGUCCACCGGCCUCGCAAACUGAUUUGCGGACCCCAACACCCACUGGCGUCGUCCGUUUGAACAUUCACGGAGAUCCUUACGUCGAUCAUUCUAGGGACCGUGCCAAAAAGCAGAACUUGCCCAUUGAACACAGUAGUCCACAGAAGGAAGCUGAACCCAAAGUCGAGUCCAAAACACGAGCUCAGAAAAAAAACGAAGAAGCUAAUGCUAUCUUCGAAAUGAAUACUCCCAACGACUGGGCUCGAGUAAACAAUGUGGCGAGCAAAGAGCGAAGUCAUCACAGUGCCUGUUCUCCUCCGCUGGAAAUAAUGAAGAUGAUAUAUGUCAACUUGAAGGUUACAUGGGCUCCUCGAUGUCUGAAAGAAGAGCUGAUUGGUCAAGAAUCAUUCCAUGAUGAUACAUCAUUGCACCUGUACUCUCAACUGCACUGCACUCAACUCAACUCAACUUCGUUCAUUCUAAUGCCCGAUGAUGCUGGUGGAGAUUGCGUUUCGAUUUUCUGUGGCUGCUGUUGCGUAGGACUCAUGUCUGCAUUGUCGAGUUGGUGCAAUACCAUCGCACCGUACUCUUGUUGUUCUUGCUGUCGCUCAAAUUCUGUUCCGAGCACAUUUGAUGAGCAAGUGCGGCAAGACAUGGAAAAGUCCAAAGCUGAAGACGCCGCCAAAAAGCAGAAGCAAAUGGAACCAACACCCAAUAUGAACGUUUCUAAACCACCUGCAUCUACUGAAUAG